AUGUCACAUCUCCUCUCUCAACGCAACCACCACCAUCACGACUCGUCCCUGCUCUCCCCAAUCUCACCACUCGACACAAAUCCCUGGCACAACCAGCUCUACUCUCCCGUCAACGACUACGGCAACUACUUCGCAGCAAGCACCCCCUCCUCCUCGUCUUCAUCCAGUUCUCCGACAGACUCCAUGUUCAAGAUGCGUCUCAGCCCGGAAUCCUCUUCGGCCUCAGACUCCGAGCAACCCCAGCUCUGCCUUCCAACUCACAAACUCUUCGACUUCACCACCGGAGUAGUUCAGGAACACCACCAAUUUCCACCACCAGCCCAGCCAAAAUUGUCUACAGUCGCAAUAGCUUCCAUGAUACCUUCUAAGCGCUGCUCAGAAAGCCCCCCACCGGCGGCAAAGAAGCGCACGAUCGGAGAGCGUAUUAACAGCAAAGACUUCGUGCCUCCCGACGUCACCGGCCUAAGCAAACGCGAAGCGCGUCUUGUAAAAAACCGUGCUGCUGCAUUCCUCAGCAGGCAGCGGAAACGCGAAGAGUUUGAGGCAAUGGAAAUUCGCGUCGCUGAAUUAGAGCAAGAAAAUGCCCGUCUUCAAGCUAUCGCUCAAAACGGUGGUACCUCGGCACAAGCCGUACAAGCACCUCCAGCGCCCUCCAAGGCACUUACUUCCGAAGUAGAACGACUCCGUGCUCAGCUAGCAGCUGCAGAAGCACGCGAGCGCGAGCUAAAUGCCGAACUCGCUCUUCGCAAGGAACAGCCUUCUGUAAAAGUAGAAGCCCCCGAAGCACAAUACCCCUUGUCAGACUCAGAUCGGUCGUCUUCCAAUACCCCAGUGAAUGCUUCAAGCAAGUCGAACGCUUCGCUAGGCCUCAUGGUUCUCCUUUGCGCACUACCGAGUCUAUUGUCGAUGCCAGCCCAAUCCACGAAUGUGCCUUCUACAUUCUCUCUGCCUACUGCGCUCUCCUCCUCUGCAUCGUCUUUCGAUUUCAAUCCGUUCCUCCCUAAUGACUUCGACUGGACAUCCGCUUCUUCCGACCCUUCACAAAUCCCCACCCCCAAGCCUUCGUUCACUCUUCCCAAACGGCUCGAGUUCGCCGAUAUCGACGCAGAGGCCCUUCGCGCUCUCGGAGAUCUUGAUAUCUCCUUCGAUACCACACCUUCGGAAAAUGGUAAAAUCCGGGUUCGAAUCCUUCCGUCGACCUCGGCGACAUCGUCACGAGCGGCCUCCCCGGCCUCCUCUUCCUCCUCAUCUUCACAUUCGAUGAAACUUGACGACCAAAUAAUGUCCUUCGGCUGGGCAGACGAUUCUGCCUCCGCUGCAGGUGGCGCAGCAGUAUCCGCAUCUGGAUUCAAUGAUUUUACUUCCGUCGCUGAUUUCGGGCUGGCGAGCCAAGACGAUCCGUUCCUUGGUAUCGGGGGCAUUUCAGACUACUUGUCUUCGACGUCUUCCAUGUCUAUGGGCUAUGCUAGUGCUACUAGUGGCACCCAAUCGCCCACAUCAAGCGUGUCUUCCGAGUUGCCUGCCAACGAGGGUACUUCCAAGAGGCGAGUAAGAAUCGCUUUGAAGAGUCUACCCAAGGAGGGCGGCGAAGGCGGCGAAUGGGAAGUCCAAGUCUGCUAA